CCCUGGCGCGGCGGUUGUCAAGGACUGCGGCGGCUGCGGCUCCGGGGAGGCUCAGCGGGCGGCGGUCCGAGUGGGGGCCGAGGGGACCGGCAGCCCACGUCCCGCCCCGCGGCCCUGGUGAACGGCCCUGCCGCGUGUCAGGGUCGGAAAGCGGCUCCCGAGCUCUGGUUCUCCGCUGAGGGCUGGUGCCAGACCCGCAGCCAGGACAGUGCUUCGGUCGCCUGCAGCCUGUCAGUCUGAUUCGCGCAGUUUAAAGGCUCCUGCUGUCUGCUGGCAUUGUUCUUAAACGAGUAUUCCAGGGGCCCAGUGUGCCCGCCAAGCUCUGUUUUAAGCACUUUUCAAGUAUUAUUUACUUCUGACAUUUAUGAGAUCUCAGGAUUUCCCGAAGAAAAGAUCAAGGGGGAAUUAUCAAGAACACAUUGUUUAUUUGAAUGGUUAAACCUAAAAUGUCCGCAGCCUUGGCCUUGCAGACUGCAGAAGCGCAACGAGGACUUGUGGAAGUGAGGGUGAAGGAGGAGGAGUCACCCCAUCCCUGCGUGCGACAUUCUGGCUGGUCAAGAAAGACCCUUGGAAGCGGGGAGCUCUUCCGUAGACGUUUCAGGCAGUUCUGCUACCGGGAGACCCCGGGGCCCCGGGAGGCGCUGCGUCGGCUCGGCGAGCUCUGCCGCCAGUGGCUGCGGCCGGAGACCCACAGCAAGGAGCAGAUCGUGGAGCUGCUGGUGCUGGAGCAGUUCCUGGCCAUCCUGCCUGAGGAGCUGCAGGCCUGGGUGCGCGAACAGCAUCCAGAAAGUGGGGAGGAGGCAGUGACCGUGCUGGAGAACUUGGAGAGGGAGCUGGAUGAGCCAGGAGAGCAGGACCCAAGCUGUGCUGAUGAGCAGGAAGAGGUUGGAAGGGAGAAGGCAGCUCAAAGAGCAUCCCAGGUGUCUUCGUGUGGCCAGUCCCAGAGCUUGGAAGAGCAGCUGCAGUGUAACUCGCAAGAGGUGUGCCUGGUGCAGGAGAUCGGUGGUAAGGCUGGGACUUGGGACGUGGAGUUAGCACCAGAGGAGGAGAUUUCUGAAGAGGUAAAAUCUCCUGGAGAAGCACCUGAAACACUCAACGGUGCUGCCACUCGGGUGCCUGAAUGUGGAGAUGCCUGUGACCAGGAGGGCAGACUAGACGGGCGCUGGGUAAGCUCCGCGGCGGAGAGGCCCCACGUCUGUGGGGACUGUGGGAAGAGCUUCACCCAGAACUCCAUCCUCGUCGAGCACCAGAGAAGGCACACGGGCGAGAAGCCCUACACGUGUGGAGUGUGCGGGCGGGCCUUCAGCCAGCGGUCGGGCCUGUUCCAGCACCAGAGGCUGCACACCGGGGAGAAGCGCUACCAGUGCCGAGUCUGUGGUAAAGCCUUCAGCCAGAAUGCCGGGCUUUUCCACCACCUCCGAAUCCACACUGGGGAGAAACCUUACCAGUGCAGCCAGUGCAGUAAGAGUUUUAGUCGCCGCUCUGUCCUCAUUAAACAUCAGAGAAUUCACACCGGAGAGAGACCUUACGAGUGUGAAGAAUGUGGCAAGAACUUCAUCUACCACUGCAACCUCAUCCAGCAUCGGAAAGUCCACCCUGUGGCUGAGCCAGCUGGCUCCUUGGAACAGACCGAAGGCACUUUAAAUGCAGCGGCCUCGGAGUGGCCGAGCGCGCCCACUGCCCAGCCCCUAGAACUCCACCCCAAAACGCGCGUGAGAGAGAAAAACAGCGCUUCACAACCACGCCUUGCGGCUGGGACAGUGGGACCGGACCCCGCCCGAGCCCCGGCGUCCCCAGUCUCGGCCAAGCUGGCGCCCAGGACCCAAGUUCCGAACGCGCUGUGGCCCGAGCGGGGCCGCGGAACGCACUGGUGACGCCUGGCUCAGCUGCAGCCCUGCAGGGAGGAAGAGCGCGAGAGAGGCUGCCCGCGUGUGACGAGGUGGCCGAGUGGUUAAGGCGAUGGACUGCUAAUCCAUUGUGCUCUGCACGCGUGGGUUCGAAUCCCACCCCCGUCGGUGAGGUGAUGCUUUUGCCCUGGCCCCCCGGAGUCCCGAACAGUGGAACCCUAACUUUUCCUGAGUAAAUUCCUUAGUCUCCACCCAGAGUAAUUCCCUCUAUUCUUGUUCUCUGCUUCCUCAGCAGGCUUAGCCGCCUGUGAACUUAAUUCGUUAGUUGAUGUAUUUGGUUCAUGUUUCAUCUCCUGCCAAAUUUCCACUCCCUCCUCCCAAGUUUGGAUUGACUGGGAUUCCCCACUAAGCAAAGAGCUGAAGAAUCAAGUGAGAGCCAUAUAAAAGCCUAACCAAUUUAAAGGAACUGAUAAAGUCAUCUUUAUCAGUGGAACUAUUCUAUACACAAAAUUAUGUCACAAACUUUGUAGGUUAAUUAAGGCAUUUUCAGACUAACCUUAUCUCUGCUGCAGUUUUCAUCUGCUAUUUUUUAUGCUAGAUUGUUACCUGUUUAUUUUUGAGUCAGGCUCUCACGAUGUUGGCCUGCAACCCCUGGGCUCAAGGGAUCUGCCUUGGCCACCCCCGGAGCUGGGACACAGGUGCAUACCACUGGCAGCGAGUUCUCUGCUAACUUUGAAACCAACUGUUACUGCCUGUGAAUCCCCAUAUUUGACAGGGACAAGGGUGUUUGUCUUAGAAACAUGAUAGAGCUAAAAAGAGCAAUCCAUACAACAUUCCCUCUUAGGACUAAGGACUUCUUCCGAGGAAGGCAGACUCAGAAUUGUGUAGGUUCUACUUGCGACUUGGCUGACCUUUAGAGAAGAAAAUGAGCAGCACAUUCCAUUUAUUUGUUAUGUAUUUGUGCGUGUGCGUGUGUGUGUGUGUGUGUGCGUGUGUGGUGUGUGUGUGUGUGGUAUUGGGCAUCGAACCCAGAGGCAAAUCGAGCUGAGCUAAUCCCCAGCCUGCUCCGUCUUUAUUUUUAUUGUGGGACAGGAUUUAAUGGUGAGGUUAGCCUGAGACUAGGAUUCGUUUGUCUUAAGAGAAUGAGAAUUUUAAAAUGUGUGAAUCCAAGGUCAGAAAUUGGACACAAGAGUUAAGGCAUUGGCUCUGAUAAAGCAGACGAUGCCUCUGUCCUGUGAUUCUCAGAAGUGUGGUCCCAGCCACUGGGAAACUAAAAACAGCAGCCUCAGAGCUGGCGACCAGCUGUUUGCACUUUAACAAGCACUAAGUGACCCUGAUUUGUCUGGGGUUUAUUUGCUCUAGUUUUGUUUUCUUUUCUGGCCUUUGAAAAUGUGACUAAUCUAGAUUCUGUGUGCAUGGCUAAAGUCUCCUUUCCCUCAAAAGCCACAUUUCUGCCACCAUCCAACACCCGCAUGAAAGGCCACCCUGCACCUUCUGGUUCUGCCAAAAUGAAUUACUCCCUCCAACCGUGUAGAGCGGGGUCUGCAGUUAGGUAAUGUGGGACUGAAGACCUGUGGUCUGACAAAAUCAGCUUCAUGAGUCUACAAAGUGGGAGGAAAGGCCAUCCAGCCGGAGAAGCGAGAAACCGGCGGAGGAGCCCUCUGGAUUCGGUCGGAGGAGUCCCAGCGAGGUCUAAGGAGAUGGGUCGCGUUGUUGGCUGUUCAGGCGAUCUUAGAAGCGGGGUCACCAGGGUUAGGCGCUGCCUCGAGGAGAGGGAGGGCGGGUCCCCAGCGGCAGAGACUGCGGCGCAGGUGGCUCUUCGUUCGGCCUCCGGCUUUUCGUUCAGCAGACCUCCUUUCUUUCCAGCCAGGCCCUCUACUCUUGGGGUGGACACGUCCGCCCCGACCGCGGCCUCGAGACUUCGCGCACUCGGGCAAGGGCGGGCCCGGCGGGGAUGGUGCGGCCAGCGAGCAAGCAAGCGGGAAACUACUCACCCCGAGGCGAGGCGAACGCACCUCGGGAGCGACCGCACGAAGCGAGCCAGAAACCACACAGCGGUACGCGGGCCUCGUAGCUCCACCCCGGAAAAGGCGGGUUUGACCUAAUUGACCGCCGGGAGCUGGGAGUGGAGGGAAGAGCCGACCGGAAGGAACCGGCGGGGCAGCGAGGGUCGGUGGCGGGGCAGCGAGGGUCGGUGGCGGGGCAGCGAGGGUCGGUGGCGGGGCAGCGAGGGUCGGUGGCGGGGCAGCGAGGGUCGGUGCCGGCGCCCGGUCUGCGUGGUCUUUACGCGCGGCCUCCCAGAUUUCAGCCAGCUGGACGCGUAACAGGCAGAUCUCUGCUGUCGGCCGGGACAGGUCGGCGAGGUCAUCGUGCAGUGCAUAGAGCGCCGAGGUGAGGGGUCCCGCGGCACGGCCCAGCCAAGCAGUUUCCGUUUUCCGGACAGCGAAGCAGACACUGCGCGCGGUUGUGUGCUGCUCGCACCGAACUGUUGGCGUGGAUUCUUCUUAGUCUUGGUCUGGGGCCGGGGCCGGGGGUGUAGCUCGGCGGCACUGCGCCUGCCUGGCAAGCACAAGGUCCUGAGUUCGGUUCCUGAUACUGGGGGAAAAAAGGAAUUGAUUUGGGGGUGCAAGGAUUUGGGGGGAGUACCAAGGAAAGGACUCGGGACCUUGUGCUUGCGAGGCAGGCGGCGGAACCACUGAGCUGAAUCCCUGGCCCAAGGACUUUCAAACUGCUACUGAAUUUGCUUUGGCAGCGUGCGAAGGGCGGCCAGGCCUGCAGCCUUCCGGCCGCAGAGCAAGGUCCGCGGCGCUGGCUUCGGUUCCCGGGCCCGUUAGGCUGAAAACGUUCAGAACCCGAAAGACUGAAACGUGGGAAUCCGCGGAGCUCCGCGCAGGAAGGGCUCAGGCGGAGGACGCGAUCCGUCCCGCGAGGCGCGAGGCCCUCGGCCCCUCCUCGGGCUCCGGUUCCUCCGCCGCCUCCAGCCCCGGGAAUCCCGAGCUCUCUCCCGGUUUCCCCCGCCGCCGCUCCGUCCGGACCCCAGGGCCGGUGGUGCCAGCGGUGUUUGCAACCACAAAUGCAGAUCAAACUAAAGGCUACUGCUUUGUUUAA